GUGCUGGCAACUCUUUACUGUAUAAUUAAAACAACGAGCUGGAAGUAUAAUAAUAUAAUAUAGCAUUGUUUAGUGUUUUGUAAUUUGUUAUUUGGUCCAAGUUUUAGAAGGUCAUAUAAAUCAAAAAUAUACUUGCUAUAUAGAUGACCUAGAAUACAAAUUAAUGAUAUACAAUGGCUACUGACGACAUAUCAUUAAGAGUGGGGAUGGGAAGAUUGGAAAUAGAGCCAAGUAAACCAAUAAAGAAUAUCAAAGAAGAAAAUCCUUUCUUAAAUCCUAUGCAGAGGAAGAUUUCAUCCAAAUCAUUUAAUCAAACAUCAAAAUGUACAUGUGUUUGUCAAAGGAAAAAAAAUGUCUCAAUAUGUAAAAAAAAGCAUAAACUAUUAAAAGAACCUGUUCUGAGAUUAUCUCAAUCAUAUAAUAUACACAAUAAAAUAAAAAAUGAGUGCCAAUAUUUGUUCAACAAUGAAGUCAUACCUAUUCAGGUACCAAAAAAAUGUAUUUCUGAUAAUGUAAACUUACAUACAUUGGUUGACAAUUGCAAUCAACUAAGUAUAUCCUCUGACAAAAGCCACCCAGUCCUGAGGGUUAAUAAUCGGAAUGAUUGUGCCAAAUGGUGGAAAUGUGAAUCUUAUAGUAAUAGACAAUCGAGAGAAUUGAAUUCGGAAAGAAGUUCAACAGGAUCCUGCUCGCAGGAGGCAUUGAAUCCACCGUGUGAUGUCACAAUUGAUGAACUAGCUAGCUACUUUGAAACACUAGUUCACAUACCAAAAAAGAUGUCAUCAAUGGCAGAAAUGAUGUAUAUUUAAUUGGAAGUAUGAAUAAGUGAAAAUAAUUCUGUGGUCCAUUUUUUGCUCUAAUGUAUUUUUGGGCUUGUAAUGAAUAUUAAUAACCAUUCACUGUUAGGAUAUAUUUUUAUUAUUUGACCAAAAAUAAGUGUAUUCAUUUUUAUAUGUUAUAAUGAUUAAGUAUCUGUCAACAUAAAAUAUCUGUGUAUGUUGUGCGAUAAAUAAACUUUUUAGCAAAUUAAAAAUUAUUGAAUGUUCAUGAUAAGCUUGGGUGUACAAUUUGGUUUGUCUUGAUCUGUGUGUGAUCUAGUUUCAUGAGUAGUCUCAAGAUUCUAUAUUUACAUAUAAAUUAGUAGGUUUAAAGUAUCCUUGUUGAUCAAUGGCUAAAGUGCAACUAAAUUUACAGUUACAUAUCUUUUAGCCACUCUCUCAUAGAUUAUCCUAUUUCUUUGAUGACCCACAAUAACCAUCAGUUUUUGGCUUUGAUUGAUGUUGUUGCCCAUAAUUCACUAAUUAUUCAAAGGGGGUUUCAUUUUAUUAGAUUAUGUACAAUGAUAAUUUUAACAAAGCUUAAAGGUCACUUUGUGAGGUUUUUUAUUGAGAAAAUUAUAUAAUUUUAUGUUUCUUAUCAAAAUCAACCUUUGAAAUUUUGAUGUACAUACAAAAUUUCUUAAAAUUUACAGUGUGUGCAAGAACAAAUAGAUGAAUAAUUAAUAAUUUUAUAUAGUCUAGUAAGAGUCUAGCCCUGUUACUAUGCUUAUUACAUGUGUAGAAAUCAAAAAUUUUUAAUAAUUUAUACAAUAAUGAGUCAAUAUAUGAGUAAUACAAUGUUAUUAUUAUGGAUAUAAAAUGCCUAGUUAUGUCAUGUCAUUCAGUCUCAAACAUAAUAAUAUAUCAAAUAUACAAUACAUUACAAUAAAAGCCAUAUAGAUUCUAAAAAAAUAUAUUUGCAAGUAAUAAAUUGUAACAAAUGUUUCCCACGGAGAAACUUAGCUCCUUUUCAUUUUUUAAAUUAAAAUUACAUUUUGUAUCAUGUGUCAUAAUCAACAAUCAGGGCUGAUUAAUUGAGUUUUAAGAGAGUAAAUCUAUAAUGUCAUUGUAUUUAAGAAAAACAUACAUGUAAAUGUUCAAAAUUUCAAAUUAUUGUCAAUGUUAAAAUGAAAGUUAAUAAAAUGUAAAACAACAAUAAUUUUUAUAAUAAAGAAAUUAACAAAGAAGUAUUAUAUUUUUGCAAAAUUCAUUAACUAUUUGAUUUUUUUUAGUUAUUAAUAUGCUUCAUGUUUAUUUAAAAUAACAAAGAUUUGUAAAAAUGGAAUAUACAACAUCUAGUAAAAGGAUCUGAAUGCAAUGAAUAAGGCAAACUCAUAUUGCUUAAAUACACAACAAUUCUUAAAACAAAUUUUGUUUGUAAUAAAAUGCUCAGUUUUCAUAUUGGUCAGGUAUUUAAAUAUGAUAUUUAACACGUUGCCUGUCCGUGCAUUAUAUAUAAUGCAUUUUGGCUACUGCUGUGACGCCCAUGCUUUAUCGAUAAUGCACGAGCCUAUUCUUUUUGAAUGGGGUUUUGUAGACUGGACGUGAGAGCUACGUCUAUAAUAUUUUGCAGACGUAUGAGCAGUGUAUUGGGAAUAAUAAAACACCAAUGUCCCGCCAAUUUUUUUUUAUUGGUUGGUAGCAUGAACUGGUUUAUUGAAAAGCAUUAUUAUUUGAAUAAAGUCCACUGGCAAUUAGUGAGAUUCGUUAUAACAUUGUAAGCAAAAUGGUUUUUUACAUGGAAUGCACUCAGUUGUAACUUGUGAAGUCUUCUUCCUUGCAUCAGUAGCUGUGAAUCCCGAUUCUUUCAGCUUUUUGUAGCAACUGGCACAACGUUUUUGCCAAAUUUUCCAUUAGCUUUCUUGGGUAUUUUCGUUAACUUGUGACUUGUAGGACGCAAAGAACUCGCAGAACUGGAACUUGAACAGUUCUCAGUUUCAACCUUAAGUAAUUUCUUUAUAAUGAUUUGAUGACCAUCCAGAACCUUCAAUUUUGACUGUGGAUGUAACUCGUUAUAAAUCAGAAUGGCAUUCACUACACUUAUAGAAACAAGAUCCGCAGCAAUUUUCUUAUACCAAACAGAGGUUUUCCUCGCCGGCGAAUUGUAACUUGCUAGUUGAUCAGUCAAGUCUAUGCCUUUCUUCCCUUCAUUGUAGGUCAGCACCAUAGUAGGCUUCAAAACUCUUCGAAAACCAGUUGACAUUUGCAUUUCGUGGUUGUGACACGUCGACAACAUAAGCACAUCCCGUUUAUCAUGCCAUUUUAGGAUGGUCGCAAAGUUGUUCUGCUGCACAGAAAUUUGACCUUUUUCUAAACGUUGCUGAACCACUUCUUGGGGCAGUUCUCGACGGUUUUUGCGUAUUGUUCCACACAAAUCAGUACCUUGUUCUUUUAGGUACCUUGCCAAAGGUAUGCUAGUGUAGUAAUUGUCCGUUAUCAUGAUUCUUCCUUCUUUAAGCAAAUCUGUGCACAAACUAACAACAACUGACCCCGGUUUAUCUAAUCCAGUUAUUUGGUCGUCUUGACCAGAAUAAACGCGGUAACUCCAGGUAUAACCACUAUCAGUACAUAAUUUAUAAAUUUUUAUGCCGUACUUAUGAGAUUUCUGUGGGUUGUAAGUUCAUAAAAAUGUAUUAAUUUAAAUUCGUAACGUCCGUGCAUUUUAUGUAAUCCAUAAUGUUCUUGCUACUACGUCUGUGCAUUAUUUGUAAUGCACGGUAUUCUAGCUGUCACGUCCGUGCAUUAAAAAUAAUGCAAUGCUGAAAUUCAGUAAAUUCGAAAGUUUUAUUGAUAAUAAUUUGUAAAUUCUUUGUAAGUACAUAAAGUACAUAAAAUGAAACAGUUUGGCCGAAAACAAAAAUUGGACGUCACGACAACCGUGCCCAAAGUACUCUGGACAGGCAACGUGUUAAGCUAAAAUGUUUUAUGAUUGAAGUGCAUUUAAAAAAAGUAUACUGUUUAAUUUAAGAAAAUAAAAAAUCACGUCUUUUUUCAAAAUAUAGUAUGAAAAUUUGUUAGACAAUUAAAUAUGUAAACAAA